UUGCAAACUGCAGAGUAAUAGACAGGUGUUAAGACCUGAACUAUAGUGAGAGUUUCUUUGUCCUGCGAAUUACAGAGCUUUCUGUCGAGGUGAAAACACAAAAUGAGCCGAUAUCCAGCCCAGACUCGUAAAACCACUAGCCCCAGCCAGGCAAUUGACGACAGCAAGAAGAAGACAUCUCUCCUGAAAGAUAACAGCUGGAUCAGAAGAAACAACGAUGAGGAGGAGGAAGAUGUCGACCGAGACCCAAACUUUGGCAAAUCUGUUCUCAGCCGGUACAAAUCCAGUGAAACGCUUGUGAGCCCAGACGCUGAUCAAACAAAACCAACCAAAACUACAAACAAUUCUGUGCAUGCUCUCACCAAGAGAUUCAGUGGAAGUCAAGAUGAACUGAGGAGCAGCACCCUCCCUCCCAGGAAGACUCCACCCUCAUACACCAGAAGCACACAUUCAUCCCUGAAGUCUCCACUCCCAGAUUCUCCCAAAACCACUACCCCAUCCAAGACUACUGUCACAGAGGACCCUAAAACAAGCACCACAACCACUACAGUCACCAAGAAUGGCAAAACCACUGAGACCACCAUCACCACCACCCAGAGUGUUAGAUCACCUGUGACUAAAUCUCCCACCAAGACUGAGACAUUCACUGAGCGGGUCAAGUCUUCCAGCAAAGGGUCAGUAUACCCAACCUUCUCACCUAGCAGAACAAGCAAAGUGACUGAGACGACUGUUACCAGCAGUAAAGAUGCGGAGGACAAACUUUAUGACACUCUCAUCCCCUCACCUGUCAAGGAUGAUUUCUCACCCAAAGACAGCAAAAAAACCAUUUCCACAACUGAGACUGUGAUUGUGAAAAGCAGUGAUGAUGAUGCUGAGGACAAACUCUAUGAUACACUCAUCCCCCAGUCUAUCAAAGAUGAUUUCUUCGACAGCAAAACACCUGUCUCCAGUACUAAGACUGUGACAGUGAAAAGCAGCACUGAUGGAGAUGGCAUCAAAACUACAACCACAAAAAGGACUUCCUCUACGGCUGAGGAUGAUCUGUAUGAUACCCUCCUGCCGAAAGGCAUUACAUCUAGUCUAUCGUCUCCAGACAGUACAAGAAUCACCAAGAGAGAGACUGUCACGGUGGACAGCAGCAGAGGCGGAGAAAGCCCAACUCUGACAUCACCAUCCUCCCCCCGCAGAACCCCCAGUUAUGACUACUCCAGUAUCAACAGUCCCAAUGUCUACACCACUACAUCAUACAGGAGCAGCAGCAGGUCAGAUGACAAUCUGUCAAGUCCAAUCUACUCUAAACCCUCCGUGAAGAGUACAUACUCAACACCUGAGAGGACUGUGCUUGAGAAAGACCUGUGCACCAUCUGCCGUAAGCCCUUCACUGGUGAAGCCAAGAUGGUCCUCGAUGACAUGAAGAUCAACUGCCACGCUUCCUGCUUUAAGUGUGAGGUGUGUAACAGCACUCUGGGUCAUAUGAAAGCUGGGGACAGUAUGUGGAUCUACAAACACAUGGUGCACUGCGAACACUGCUUUGAGGUCACCAGAGACAAAUGGCGACGCUGAGUUUAUCCCAAAGCUUUGGGGGAGAAAAAGAACAUGUGAUUAUCAAUAUGUUUUGGGUGACAUGUUGCUGAUACUGUAGAUCUUUUGGUGUUUUGACAAUUAUUAAGGUGGAUUUAUGUAACUAUUCAGCAUGUUAUACUGUCUCUGUAUCAUUUCUGAUAUUCUCUGAAGCCAGCAGCCUUUAGGAAACUCUUAUAUGUAACAUGAUAAGAGAUAUUGCAAUAUUUAGGGCCGGGGGCUUUUUGUGUGUGCAAUAAAGGCAAUCAAUGCAUUUUUAUCUAUCAAUACAUUGUAUAUGUUUGCUCUUUAAUUGCUCUUAUGUAUGAAUAAUGAUGAUCACAAUUUCAUGUAUAUUUUAUUCUCUUAAGAGUAAAAAGUAAAAUUUCUAAUGAUGAUUAUAAUUUCUUAGGUAAACUACACAAGAAUGAAAUGGAACAAAAUAAAGCAGAAGAGAUUUGCAUUAUU